AAUACAAAUAGCAUGGAAAGUGUGUUAAAUGAACUUCGGGAGUUAGGUGAGCAAUUUGCAACUCAUGUCCGGCGUGUGAAGCUUCUAAAAAAUGAGGAAGAUGUUAUUUCACUUAAAAACGCGAUAUCCAGCCUAGAGAAUGAUCUUAAGCAACUCCGAAUGUCUUAUGAAUGCCAGAUAAAUCACUUGAGUACUACUCUAAAUAUUGUACUGGACGAAAAAAGAGACCUGGAGAAUGAAAUUCUAGUAAGGAAAGAAAAUGACGCUCAUUUUCUGGAUAGGUUCAGUUUUUUACGAUUGGUAUGUAUUUUGCAGGAUUUCAGUGGAAUCGUCUAAAAAUGCUAAACUUCUUCUGGAGAUAAGUCAUCUUAAAACUGACGUUGCCGAAAAAACUAAUCAGAUCACAGCGCUAAAAAUGCAUGUACAAGAGUUGGAGACACAUGGGGAAGAGAAAGAGAAUAUGAAGUUGAAACUUACUGAGGAGAUAAAUUUUCUAAAGCAAAAACUUUCAAUGUCUGAGGAUCUAUACACUGAAACUGCUAACCAGCUUCAAAGCGCAUUGAUGGCAUUAAAUUCCCAAAAACUGUUUGCGAAGGAGCGUCUUAGUCGCAGUCAAAACAGAAUACAAUGGUAUAUCUCUCAGUUCGCCGCAAAAGAUUUCCAAGUUGAGGAAUCUCGCAGAAAGGAAGCUUCCAUUACUACUGCCAUCUCUCAACUGCGUGCCAAAGCCCAGGAGGAACUUAUUCAGUACCGUCAGCAAGCUGCAGACAUCUACAAAAAACCAAUAGCUACUUUGCAAAGUCAGUUGGUUUCGGAGAGAAGAGAAAAUCGAUUUUUGAAGUCUAAGUGUCUGAAGAAUGAUCAAACGAUUCUUAACUUGCAGCGACAAAUCGCUGAAUUGAAUUCUAAAGUUUACAGCACUGAACAUCAAACUGAACUUUUGAAGAAUGCUUUGGAAAGUUUGGGGAAGGAGCAUAAUCGCUUAAGAAGUAAUUAUGAGAAUAAGAUUCAGAGACUAGAGGCUUCUAUAACUUCUAGUGCCGUUGACUUUGAUUUGAUGCGAAGUAAAGAGAAUGAAGUUAUGAAGGAAUUAUCAAAAUUUAAAAGCAUGUUGAAUUUAGACGAAGAGAGUCUUCACACACGGAUAUAUAACGAACAAAUUAAUCAAGUUAUUGGGGAAGUGGAUGAUGAAGAGAAUUUUCAGCGUUUGGAAAAUGACAAAAAAAUCGAAUUUGACAGAACCUAUGAACCGAAAGCUAUCUCACACACGGAUUGUGUUGUUCCAUCAAAAGGUAUUCAUUCUUCUGUGAUGGCAUCAAAUGAUGACCUCUGCGACACUCCUCAGAACAUUGAUGUUGAGUUACAAAACUGUGAUCAAGUAAACUUUGACAUGAAGAAGUUUGGUCUAAGUUCUUCCAAAAAUGCAAUCAUGGAUACAAAAAUCAAUGGCUCAGUACCUGGUAGUCCAAAUUCAUCGAUGUGUUUAUCAGGAUCCAAUGCUAUUGGAUACUUACAAAUUUGUGAAAUUGAUCCCAAUGGUGAGUAUUUACUUCUAUGGAAUUCAAGUACAAACAAGGAAAUUGAUAUUGGAUUACAUAAAGUUUGUCAAAAACAUAUUCAAGAGAAAAUCAAUGAAUAUACAUUUCCAGCUGAUGUUCGAAUGUCACCACGAACUGUAUUUACUUUAUGGUCGAAUAAUGCAAUUAUACCAAAGAAUAUUCAUAAUACAAAAAAUGUAUUCCGAUGUCCAAAUAUUUGUAAAUGGUUCAAUGGUCCAAAUUAUAUAACUAUGGUAUCAAAUUCUCGUGAUGAGAUUUUAGCUUGGCUUACCCCAUCUGCACGAUGUUUUACAAGUCGCAAUGAACGAGAAAAUUCUCUCCAGAAUUGUAAUUCAUCCGGAAUUCAAUAUGCAUUAGAUCUUAAUCGUGAUCCGCUAAUGAUAACAAGACAAAAGUCAAAUAGUAAUAAAUUAUCAUCAUCAUCAUCAUCAGCUAAUCAAUCGUAUCCUCAGAAUUCUACGGAUUUAUCAUUAAAUGAAAUAGAAAUUGAUGAAAUGAAUCCAGUUAAAUUAUGUAAACAUUUAACACAAAUAAAUUGGAAUGAAUUAAAUAAACAAUAUACUACUGAUUUAAUUAAUAAUAAUAAUAAUAAUGAUAAUAAUAAUAACGAUAUUCUAUCAAUGAUUAAAAGAAUUAAUAAUAAUAAUGGUAAUUUAUUAAAAAUGAAAAAUUUAAUUUCACUUAAUCCACCAUAUAAUUCACAAAAAUCUAUGUUGAAUAAUAAUAACAAUCUAAAGAUUCUUUCUUACCCCUAUAAACCAUACAUCAAUUAUUCACAUCAAUUAUCAACUAAUGAAACGGAUCAAAAUAUACAUUAA